GAAUUCUGAACCUUGUGGUUGAACCGAUCAAGGUCACCAUACUAAAACAAUGGCUUAUCUGCUUUAGCUGUGAGUGACGUCAGACUAAUAAUAGGUUUUUCGGAGUGAUAAACUGAAUAACAUAAGAAAUUGUGGUACCCACACGUUGUUUACAGUGCCAGCUCGCGUAUUUCCGCAAAUGUAUUGUGUGUUUUUAUUCGUAAGUGAAGUUUACCAACAAAAUAGACUUCGAUAUUGAUGUUUUGGUUGCCAUUUUGAUCAAAACAUACAUCUCGACGCUGAUUGGUGCAGCGGGCAGCCACUCGAAGAUCAUUGGAUGAACGUCAGUUGACGAAGUCCAUGUGACCUUUCUGCAACUUCCGUGCUAUCUGGUAUUUUGCCAGUUUUUCCCUAAAUAUCAGAGCCUUUUCUUCUGGUUUUCUGUUUGCGUGGUUUCUAAUAUCGUGCUGAACAUUGUGCAACCAUUCUUGCAGACUGACAUUAGAGUGGUAGUGGACAAAUUGCCGAUUUUUGCAGACUCAUUAUGGUGCCCUAACCAGUAUAUAACCUAUUUAUAACGAGAUAUUCGACCAAUUUCAAGGUUUACGGUAUGGGAGAUUUCCACGACUACAGCCUAGACCCUGGAAUAAUCAUUAAACAAGAACCCAUGAACGAAUCAAACGUCAUGAUAACUUCGGCUUCUGUUCCUAUUCCAGUCCGUAGAGAACCUCCACCGGAGUAUAGAGAUUUUAUUUUCGAUAUGGAUAAUUCUCAAAGCCCUGUAUGUGGAACCAUAGCAGGUUUCUCAACUGAUCAAGCUCUAUCACCCAGCAAUCCUUAUGACAGUUAUUGGGGACACCGCAUUAUGACCAACGAUGAACUUUUAAAGUCCGAAGCUCUAAUUCAUAUGGAUGAAGAUGAUAUUUUUCAAGUGGACAAAAACGAUCUUAUUCAAGGUCCUACUUUGGCUGAAUUGAAUGCUAAUGAUGAAAAUCUUCUUGGAGACCUCAACUUUGACGAUUUACUGUUGCCAAAUGAUGGUAACUAUACUAUUUUGGAGAGCAACCCUAGUGCUUAUUCUUUUAAUAAUAACACCACAAAUAAUAAUCAGAUAACAGGUUUAGCUUCAUCAUGUCCACAAGGCAUGAUUUAUUACAAGGACAUAGAAUUACCAGCUGUCGGAAUCAACACGGGAAAUUAUGACUUUAAUUCUAGAACUCCAGUCUCCGCUCUAUCACCAGGCAGUCCAGCUAGCUCUAGUUCGUCAGUGGUCAAUUCCCAAACUUCUCCGAUGCAUAUCCACACCAUUCAACCGAAACAGAGUACCCUUCAUUCUUUGCUAAUGAGAAAAGAUAAAUUCGAGUCGUCACCCGAUAGAUCCCUGUUAGGUCAGUCAAUGCCGUCCAGCCGAAAUACACCACUUCACUCUCCAAAUUUGAAAAUGUGCAGAAAUCAAGCUUCAAGGCUGUCUUCUUCAGCUCCCACUCAUGUCGAUUUGGAUCAAUUGUGGCAAAGAAGAGAGCCCAGAAAACAUUUAUUAUCAACAAGUUCUUUAGCUGAAUGUGGUUCUACAUCGUCUCUAUCAACCGGAGGGGUUCUUAGUCCUGAUCCUCAAGACUACUCGCACGACGAAUACGACAGUGACGAAGACAGUGAUACUCACUAUGAAGACUAUUCAUCGGAUAAUAAUUCGGACGAUGACGAUGAACCCCCGAAAAAUUCCAAAAAAGAAAAGUUCUUCUGGCAGUACAACAUUCAAUCUAAAGGACCAAAAGGUCAACGAUUAGUUAUGAAAUCGAAAAUGGAAGAUCCGCACGUGCUUAACGAAAUCACUGACCCUGUGUUUAGUCCUGAUUGUUCUGUUAGGGGCAUUAAACAUAGUGGUAAGUUGGCGAUCAUAAGACACAGUGGAAAAGCUCGUAAAGGUGAUGGAAACGAUUUAACUCCCAAUCCUCGAAAGCUUUUUAACAUUGGCAAAGAACUGGACAAAUUGGGAAGAAUAAUCAACGAUAUGACGCCUGUUAGUGAGUUACCCUUCAAUGUCCGACCCACUUCGCGGAAAGAGAAAAACAAAUUGGCUUCUAGGGCUUGUAGGCUUAAAAAGAAAGCGCAACAUGAAGCAAAUAAAAUUAAACUUCAAGGACUCGAACAUGAACAUAGGCGGUACAUCAACACAAUUCAGCAACUAAAGCAGCUAAUUACAGCUAAAGUCAACGAACCUAAUCCAGAAACCCGAGAAGAGUUAGCCAAAAAUAUAGACAAAUUAACGAAAUCUUGCAUAAGUAAGUAUAUUAACGAUCCGAAAUUUGACCAGAAAACCCAUCAACAAGUUCAACAAAUUCCUCAUGUGAGUAAUCCAACUUUAGGAGGAAAAGUGGCAGGCCAUACUACCGAAUAUGUAAACAGGGUCCUUGAUAAAAUUAAAGCUGGAAGUAGUGGAAAUACAGCAUUAUCUUCUAGCUUUACUGACGACUUAUAGACUGCAGGAAAUCAACGUAAAAAUGAAUCUCCCCCUGAUAGAACACAGAGAUGCCGUUUACAAAGUUAAGGUGAAUAUACAUUUCUAAGAGUUGUACAAAUCAAAAACUAGUCAAUAAGAUUACGGUAUUCAAGCCAUUCUUGUUAAAGUUUAAAACAAUAGAAACCUCAGGAUUUAAAGGUCAGAAUGUGUGCAUGUAUGAAGAAUUUCGGGUAGUUAAAAUUUAAAAAAACUUCGGACAUUUUCCAAAUAAGGCAACCCAAAUAUAUUUUUUUUCUGAUACUACUUAUUCCUUUCAAUUCUUUAUACAUUGUCACUUGUCUGUGUGUUUUGAUUAUAAAAAUGCAAUCAUACAUGCCGCAUAUUUCGCUAACGAUAUCAUCUCGCUAUGUCUCGUCAUUAAUAAAACUAAUUAACACUUAAAUAAGUAGUGUUUUGUCCAAUCAAAUAGAUUUGAGUGCUUUUGAUCCUCAGGCAUAUGAUAGCUUUAAUAACAAGUUUUUAAAGUUUGUUACAAGGUACAUAAAAAAAACUUUUUUAGAAUAAGUAAUGGUCAGCGUUGAAGGCUUAUUGAGGGCCCAAUUGUUGAAUUAUUCAUAAACAUAUUUUAUUUAGGACCUGUUACAUUUGCAGAGUUGUGGGAUUGAUAACCUAUUUUGGCCAUAAUAUUUUUAUACACAACUUAGAAUAUAUUCUGAGCAAGUUUUUAAUAUUAGAAUGCGUUACUGAUUUAGGCUUAGAGCAAGAGUGCAGUUGCUGUUGCAGAAACCAGUCAUAAAAUUUUAAAUAUUUUAUUUGAAAAAAAGAAAAACCCGGUAAAUACAUUACUUGAACAAAAAUAUGUUUGGAAUUCUUGUUUUUAACCGAUUUAGCCUGAAAUCUUGGCUUAAACCUGGAUAUGUAGCUUUAUAUUAAGUUGUUAGGGCCAAUACUUUACAGCAUAGUUUUGUUUAUCAUUUUUAUACGUUUUACAGUUGUUCCGCCAAUAUUACUGAUGGUUUAAAACCACACACCCUGUAUAUAUAUUUCAUUUUAAAAUAAGACGUAUUUUACUUGGCGUUAGUUUACGUUCUGGUUUAUAUUUUGUUACUUGUAGAGAAAAAUGAGAAUUUUAUUUUUAAAGUUAAACAGCAUACUUUCAUAAAGGACUGAAUAACUUCAUUAUUCGGGAAUAAUGUUGAUUAUUCGAAAUUGGGUUAAUGACCUUAACUGACUUAAAAAUAUUUUUCUUUGAACUCCUACUAGUCUAGCAUGUCUUAAUUUAGUUUUAAGGAAUUUAUUAUUUUAGUUUAUUAACGAAACCUUUUCAUUUCUAUAAAACAUCUUUAUUUUGGUAAUGUUAUGACGAUUAUAACGAUGAAGAACUAUUAGAAAGUAGCAAUUUAUAUGUGCUCAAGAUUAAACAAUGUUCAUAGUGAAUAAAUUUCAGUAAGUGAUCAACUACUGAAAAAAUGAGUACCAUUUAUUAACGUUACCUCUUUCCGUUAGUAUCAUAUUGAGGAAUUGUUUGAUCAUUAUCAGAUACAUUUUGCUGUUUAUUCAAGUAUUAUUAAUAACAAUUUAAGAGUUUGAAUUACAUGAAAUUGCUACUUUGCGUAACUAAACUCCGGAAUGAUUUUAUGAUUGAAAAUGAUUACAAAAGAUUGUGUUCAUGUUGUGAUAGAAAUCUUAAAAUAAGUGAUGAUAUGGAGCUGGCCUCUUGAAUUCUGUGCAGUUUUUGCAAUUUGCAAACAUUAGUUACUUUUGACAUAGAUUUAUAAUUAUCAUUCAUACAAUAUUUACAACUUUGAAAGUAUAAGAUGUAUGAUAUUACGGUAAAACUAUUUUUGGUGUUGGACAUUUGCUCUCUAUUUUGCUUUCGGCCGUGAUUUCUGCACAAAAUCUAACUUCACAUGAGAAUUAAAAUCCGUUGAAAUUAAAUCUCACUCUUCCUAUAGAGUCCGAAUAGAAAUUACAACUUCAACUUAUAAACCAAAAUAGUUUUAUGGAAAACUGGCUGUGCGAAAGAUAGUGAUAGGUAUUAGAUGUAGAAUUGGUUAUUUUUUAAUGAUUAAAAGGCCAAGUAAAAUACAGGAUUUACAGUUA